CGGGUGGCGGCAGCGGAAGUGACGUAGCGGGAAGUGGCGGCAGCACGAGGCCGUUGCCAUGGCGGCGGUGAUGGCGGCCUAGGCCGGGCCUGGCGCUGCUCGUUCUUGCCUUCCUCCCCCCGGUUCGUUCCGGGGCUUUCGGAGCCGCCGGGAUGACCCAGGCGGAGCUGCGGCUCUGCUCCCUGCUCCUGCAGGAGCAUUUCGGGGAAAUCGUGGAAAAAGUCGGGAAUUCCCUGCUGCGGACGGGGCCGAGGCCGCUGCGGCUGCUGGUGGGGGACACGGGGCUGCUCCCGGAUCAGGUGAAGAAGGCGCUGUGCGUGCUGCUGCAGCACGGGCUGGCGCGCUACGAGGCGCAGCCGCGCGGCGCCGUGGAGUACGAGGCGCUGGGGCGGCGCGUGCUGCGCCUGCUGCGCUACCCCCGCUACAUCUACACGGCCAAGGCGCUCUACGGGGACCCCGGCGAGCUGCUGGUGGAGGAGCUGCUGCUGCACGGCCACCUGCCCAUGAGCGCCGCCGUGGCCAGGGUGGCCGACCGCCUCACCGAGACCAUGGAAGGUGGGAAGGAAGCUCCGAAAAAUGGGAUCUGGGAAUGGUGGAUGGGAUCUGAGGUACCUUCCCACCAUCGCUCUGCCCUUCCUCAGGAGAUUCCCAAGACUCCAGACCACGCUCCAUCCCGCACCUUUUACCUGUACACGGUGAACGUGAUGGCCGCUGCUCGGAUGCUGCUUCACAGGUGCUACAAGAGCGUGGCCAACCUGAUGGAGCGACGGCAGCACGAGAUGCGCGAGAACAAGAGGCUCCUGGAGAAGUCCCAGCGGGUGGAGGCCAUCCUGGCCUCCAUGCAGGCCACGGGGGCCGAGGCGGCGCAGCUGCACGAGGUGGAGGAGAUGAUCACGGGGCCCGAGAGGCAGCAGCUGGAGAGCCUGAAACGCAACGUCAACAAGAUCGACGCCAGCGAGAACCAGGUGGAUGAGACCAUCUUUGUGCUGGAGUCCUUCAUCGAGAGCACCAUGAAGAGGCCGUGAGGGGACAGGACAGGAACGAGGAUGGGGACAGGGAUGGGGAC